AUGAUCCCAAAACCGCCUGACUGGACUGUUUGGGGUCUCGCCCUCCUGCUACUUAAUUCUGCCAUAGCGUCGCCGGUGAAACGCCAAGGUAAGUGUAGUAAUCGACAGUUAUGGUUUUCAACCCAGAAUGUUUUGUUGUUGUUACCUUAUUCAAAAGUAGGUCGAAUUAAAAAAAAUUGAAAAAUAAUAAGUUUUAGUACAUAAAUGGUACAGUAACAAAAAAUACUUUAAAAAUUAAAUUUUAAAAGUAUUCGAAGUUAAUUUUUAAAUAACAAAAAAAUAUAAAAUAAUCACUUCGGUUAUCAAUAAGCACACAAAAAAUAAUAUCUUAAUCCUCGAAUCAGUCUAACUAAAAAAAUAUUUUUGUUUAAUUUUUUUAAUCAAAAUUGCCAAAAAUUGACCAAACCAAUUUUAAACCCAUUAACACCACUUUUCCUUACAGUAACCCUAGACGACCUUAUCCACACCGCCCUCAGUUUCGUCAAGCCCAUAUUCGACACGUCACGUCCGCUACAAGAAAGCCCAGGUGUUGUGAAGAAGGUAAACCCAAGUUAUCAUAUCUGAUUUGGUGUUUAGAAUGCGUACCAAGGACGCGAAGUGGCGGUACUAGGGGCCCCAACCCUCCUUCAAUCAUCUGAUUCCCCGAUUUGUAGGGGCAACUCUCAAAUAUGCAAAUUCAUCUCAUGUACAGCCCAUAACUUCAAAUACGACGAGAGUUUCGCUAACUUGAAUCUAGCUGCUCAGCUGGUACAAGAUCCGAAAAUGAGAAAAGUCAUCAGCCAGUAAGUUGAUACCUAAAGAAUACUUUGCGUGAAGAAGCCAAGCUUAAAAAAUCAUUCUUUUCGCAUUUUUAUAAUUAAAAACGAUUCUAACUAUUAUAAAUCACCAAAGUUAUUACCUUAAUGUAAAAUUUAUAACUGAUUCAGAAACCCAGAAGCAGUGACUUCUGUGUGCCGAGAACAAGGACUCUCUCAUGAACAAUGCAGAAUCUUCUCCAAAGGCUUCCAAUUAAUCGACCGCUUCAUGAACACCAUCGAAAAGCCGGUCGAAGAGCCCACGACGGAAGAGCCACUGGAACCUAUGCUAGAGCCUAUUAACGACAGUCCUGAACCAUACCCAUCGCCGCCCAGUCUACCAGCCGGCUCACACACAUGGUCGACUAGAGUCAAGAGUAUCGACACUAGGUCUAUGCCUAUAGGACGAGAUCCUCCAGCUAACAGGACGAUGAUGAAGAGCACGAUACACAAAACUCCGUCAUUAGGUGCAAUGACAGUAGCUCCCAGGAAAGGUAACAGAGCACCACACGCCCGGAACCCUAGGCCGACCAAGUACUCAACUGCACAGACUACAAGGAGACCUGUGAUAGCACGGCCUCCAAAGCCGCAGAUAGAAGAAGAGUAUGAAGAGUACGAAGACGACGACCUUCUACAGAAGAGUAGGCCCCGGAGGCCGCGACAAGCAGAUUACUACGACGAACUGUCGCAAGAUACGACCAGUUCGUCGAUGUCAUCUACACAGGCUCCAACCCAAAAACUAAAUUGCAUACAAUAUCUCAGAGACUUAACUUAAUAAACCAAAUCAGGUAAAUACUUUCGAAGAUUAUGUCAAGUUAAGUAAGACCUCCUGAAGGUUGUUUACAACCUUCCAAACGCUACGUCAAUAUGGGUCUUCUACAGAGUCAAUCCAUUCGAGUUUAAACUGACGAUGACUAGGUCAAGGUAGGUCAAGACCACCGAUGACUAAACAAAGACAUCAGGUCAAGGUGACGGUGUUUCGGCAGAUUCUCGCUUCACCUCCAGGUUCGCCAAAUAAAAAGUAGAGGACCGGUUUUCGGGGAUUGGAGUCGAUCACAGCCAGCUCCUUCUUUCCGCGCUCUCACCUCAGAUCCCUCUCCCACCUUAGAUCCUUAAGGAAAUUUGAAGAUUGGAGUGGAUGAUUCUCCCACUAAUUCCUACCUAAUGUUGAUCUCGAAGCUGCUUCUCUUAUCUACGGGUCUUCUAUUUGUUUCCGCCGUGCCAAACCUAUCGUCAACUCCCGAAGAACAACUGUCUCAGAAGCCGUCCUUGAAUGAUGCGAGACCGAAUGAAGGUUGGUUGAGUAACUAGUAGGCAUUUCUUAAUAAUAUAAUCGUUCAAUUUGCUAGAGUAACUUAUCAUAAUGCCUAUCAAAGUCAUUUUCUUAAAUUUCGAAAAUCAAAAAGAACUCAAAACCCUAAUUUAAUCAAAUAACCGUAACCCUUUCUUGAAGCGCUAUCAUUUAUCAGCAGAUUUAUGCAGAAUGGCGGCAUAAUGAAUAUGGUAAGUAAAAUGCUCAACUUGGCCGACCAAAAACAGCAGGCAGAUCAGGUGAAGAAGGAGAUGGAAGAACCCCCUCAAUCAGCUUUCUCCAUCGACUCAUCUCCGAGUCAAAUUGGUGAGUCAUUUCCUUAGGCGAUUCACUUUUUUUCAGACGACUCCAAACAAUGGAAGUCUGUCUUGUUGGGCCCUCGAGGGCUUCUGACCGAAAUAUUCAAUCAAGUCAAAGACAAAAUGCAAAACCAGUACAAUGAAGAUAUGCACAAGAUCAACACCAAGGUACAACAAGAACAACAACAAGACAUGUCACCAGGUAUGUCUCAGAAAGAAAAAUAUAAUGUCAAUUAAUACAGUAAACCAAAAGAAGAAUAUUAAAAUCAGUCAAAAUAUAAGAAUCUUAAGUCAAGAUGAAAAUUUCAGAACAACUAAACUUUGCCAAAGUGUUUGAGACCUUUAUGCAGAAGGCAGGUAAAGGAAACUUUGACGAACCCCUGCCAGAACUACCGUUUAUCGGAAUAUGUAACCGCCUGAACUGUGGGGACAUCUACAAAGCUGUCGAUGAGUUCCGCAAAAGUGACUUUUUCUCCAAUUUCCAGGUAACCUUUUGUGUAAUUUUACUGAUUUUUAGGUUAAAAUCAGUAAAACUUACAAUGGCAGGUACAAAACUAAACUACCUUUCAUUUUCAGACCGCCAUGAGUCUCAUCCACGACCCUAAAGGCUGGGACAUCAUUGGAAAAGUCCUUGAAAAUCCAGAACUGAUCGAAGACUUCACGAAGCACAAAGUUGACACUACAGAUAUCAAAACCGACGAACUCAGUGGCUUUGGAACUGACUUUUCCCCGUCAAUCGAUGGAACGGCAGAACACGUCGGGAAAGAAUUGCCUCAAAUCUCUUCGAACCUCGACUACUAUUCAGCGGUAAGCGCACAACUCUAACAAAACUGAAAUUUAGGUAGAAAAAGUGAAACCAGAAGACGAAGACUACGUUGAUGUUGAGGAAAAACACAAAUCAGAGACAAAGAGUAUGGCCAAUGGUGCUCAAAAAACAGAAUUCGCUUCGAAAAUGUUCAAGGAAGAGCCUUUGCCUAUGAUCUCAGAAAACAUCGACGAAUACGAAGUUCAUGUAGACAAGGAAGAGACCAUUAAGCUUGACAAGGAAGAGACCGUAGUGAACAAAAACAUGAAAGUAGAUAAAGAAGAUACCAUAGGGUUAGAAGAGAAAAUUUCAAACGAAAAUCUGAUUCCAAACACGAUACAAACUACGACUACACAAACGUCUACUACUGUGAAACUACAGCAAACGACGCCGAAGCCGCCAGCUCCACCAGUCGAGCCGGUAAAGAUGGUGCCCAGCAGAAACUUUAGGAGGAACGACGAUUACUAUGCAAUGUAUUACGAUGCGUAA